AUGGUGCCUUGGUUCGCAGACUAUGUCAACUUCUUAGCUGCAAAUGUUACACCCCCUGAGAUGUCUCGUCAACAGCUGAAAAAGUUCUUUUUAGAGGUGAAGCAUUACCAUUGGGAAGAGCCGAUUCUUUACAAACAUUGUGCUAAUCAGAUAAUAAGAAGAUGUGUGCCUGAAGAAGAGAUGUAUUCUGUCUUGAACCACUACCAUGCCUUACAAUGUGGGGGGCACUUCAGCGGCAUAAGAACAGCUGCUAAGGUUCUUCAAAGUGGGCUCUAUUGGCCUACUCUUUUUAAAGAUGCUAAUGAUUUUGUGAAGGCAUGUGAUCGUUGUCAGAGAACUUGGAAUAUUUCCAAAAGAAACGAAAUGCCUUUGACAGCUGCUGCAACACAAGCCAAUGAUGGUAAGACAGUUUUGUCUUUCCUUCAAAAGUUCAUAUUCACUUGGUUUGGAACUCCCCGAGCAGUUAUUAACGAUGAAGGGAGUCAUUUUUAUAAUAAACAGUUUGAAGCUCUGCUAGCCAGAUAUGGAGUCCGCCAUAGGACUGCUCUACCUUACCAUCCAUAA